UAGAUGCCAGCUCUUCUAGCAUGGGUACGAAUGUAUUUACCGUGACAGCAGCGGAUGCUGAUAGUGCGUCGUUGACGUUCUCGAUGACGUCAUUUCCGGCUACGCCUGAUUUGUUUUCAAUCGACGCAGUGAGUGGGGAAAUUUCAGUGGUAAAGGAUCUGACAUAUGCAGUUGACGGUGCUUACCUACUAACGGUCACAGUAUCCGAUUCCAAAUCCACCACCAGUGCAGAUUUGAAGAUUUUACUAUCUAAUACCAACACGGUGCCGAUUAUAGAGAACCUUCCAUUCACUGUAUAUAAGGACGAGGACAUGGGAACUAACAGUGUAAUAUUCACAUUGGACACUAGUGACCCUGACCCUAGUGACAGUGUGACAUUGACCUUCACCGUCUGGCCAGCAGCUUACACUUCAAAAUUUUAUAUUCACCAAGGCAAACAUCUGAGACUCCAGUCAAAUGAAUAUUUCGAUUACGAAGAGGUUAAUUAUUUCAGGAUAGAAUUUAUGGCAACUGAUGGAAAGGCCAUAAAUGGCCCGUACACGUUAACACUGUACAUCAACGAUGUUCCCGAAAAGUGUUCCUUUGACGUCUCGACUUAUUACGUCACAAUGUUUGAAGGAAACGCUGGAUCAGUGACAGUUGACCCGGGCUUCAUUAUUACAGAUGAAGAUUUAGGCGACACCUACACGUUCUCUAUUGAUUAUCCCGCAACGUCAGAUAGUUCGUAUUUCUCCAUUGAAGGAACGUCGGGGAUUAUAACAUUUGCAACGGCUUAUGACGUUGAUACGUCACAUUCAACUAACGUAACGCUUAUUGCAGUGUGUACGGAUUCUGCAGGACUGACCGGUACAGCAACAGUUAGUGUGACAAUUGAGGAUGUAAAUGAUAACGUUCCACAGUUCACUAAUACCGGUUAUAUAUCUUACAUUGAUCAGUCCGACAGCCCGACAACAACGGUCAGAUUGAUGAAUAUGAUGUGUAAGGAUAAAGAUUCCGACUUAAAUGCGGAGAUUUCAUAUACAUGGACGCAGAUAACUUCUGGUUCCGGAUCUUUCUUUCAUAUGAAUUCGAAUGGUAGGGUACUUCUUAUGACGUAUCCAGCAAUAUCUAUGACGUACGGCGAUAUAUUUACGUUUACCAUAACAGCGACGGACCAUGGAACGCCACCGCUGUCAAGUACGACAACUCUGGAUAUAAUUUAUAAGGAGACCAACAAUACAGCUAGUGUAACGACGGCAGCAGUAACCAUAACAACAAUAACAACAACAACCACCGAAACAACGCCCACAACAACCUCUUUCUGGGAUGAACCGGUUAACAUCAUGGUAGUGGUUUUAUCCGCUGUAAUUGGCACUCUUCUAGCUGGCCUGGCGUUAUACUUGUGUAUGAAGAAAUUCAAAACAUUUACAAAAUGGAAAAAUGGACGGGCAAAGGUUACAAAGCGGAAAGUACAACCAAAACCAGAUCAAGACAAAACAACAUUCGAUUUUUGGAACCAGAACCAAAUGGAACCGUGAUCUGUUCCAAGACUCUGACAACCGAAACUUUACACAUACAUGUACAUGAAAACCUUCUGUGGCUUUAUUUGAAUUAUAUGUUACAUUGUAUUUUAAUGAUAUAUUAUUCCAUAAACGAAGUCAAUUCAAAUAUCGGCGAAAACACACAUU